UGUUAUGUCUAUUUUUUUAUAUAAAAUAUUUAAAAGAAUCUCAUAAUAAAUUAACAAUGUAAAAACUAAGCAACAUAUUUUACAUCAGAGGAUCACCAUGAUGAUAUUUAAUCUAUGCUCAAAUAACCUAACAGAUAAAUAAAUUGUCAUGUUUGCUAAGUAUUUUUAUAAUAUUUGCCUUUUUACUUAGUCAUUAAGUUAUUAGACGAUCAAUGUCUGUAAUUUCAAAUGUACUUUAAAAGAUCAUCAAUGAAACUUGGUGUUAAUUAUUAAUUUUGAUAAUUGAUAAAGCACACAAAAAUCUUUUUCAUAAAUAAACAUAUUGAGAGAGAUAAGUGAAAUGCUUUUUCAGAAAAUUUUUUAAAGUUGUAUAUUAAUUUAUUGAUAUCAUGGAUGAACGUUUACGUCAUUAUGUAGAUAUGUUGAAUGAAAAUGAGAUUUCUAUUCGGAAUAAUGCUGGAUGUGUACUGUCAAAACUCUGUGAAAAGAUUUUACAUUUUCCCGAAGAAAAAAUUUAUCGUAUAAUUUAUCUCAAUGAUCCUGAUGUCGUAGAAAAGUUACUUCCAGCAAGUGGUGCCAUGGAAUGUUUAUUUGAAAUAGGUUUUAUAGAGGAUGGUGAUCGUCUUUGUCUUCCAAAGACUGCAUUACUCACAAAAUUGGAGACUUUACAGAAGUUACUAUCUUCAAUUGUUAAAUCGAAAUUAAACACUACAAAUUUGGAUCAGAGCCAAACUGUUGUAGAAGCAACAGAAUCAUCAAUAGAAUUAUCAACAGAAAACGAAUUUUUUAAUAGAAUUAUUAAACAGUUUUAUAGUGUUAUGCGAUAUGAAGAUCAUGACUUACAAGAGGAAGCUAGAAAAGUAAUACCAGUUGUGCAAUUGGAAAUCAAGACAAUGGAAAGAUUAAGAAAAUUUCAAAAGAACAUGAAACUUGCUGCACUUAAUAAAGAAAUGAAGUCAGACUCAGCUUUAAAAGAAGAUUUAGUAGGUUCAUUAGAUUUAUUUUUAAUGGAACUUCUGCACUGGUUUAAAUAUGAUUUCUUUCAAUGGAUUGAUAGCCCAUUAUGUACUAGCUGUUCUAUGGAAUGUUCAUAUGAAAGUGUAAGACCUUCUUCAGAUCCAAGGUGUUCCCGUAUAGAAGUUCAUAGAUGUAAUUCUUGCAAUGCAAUAGUGGAAUUUCCGCGGUAUACAGAUCCAGAAGUAUUGUUAACUUCUAGAUGUGGACGUUGUGGGGAAUGGGCAAAUUUAUUCACACUUUUUUGUCGCUCACUAAAUUAUGAUGCAAGACUUAUAUAUGAUGUAACAGAUCAUCUGUGGACAGAAAUAUGGUCUGUUACUGAAAAUAGAUGGAUUCAUGUAGAUCCAUGUGAAAAUAUAAUAGAUCAGCCAUUGAUGUAUGAACGUGGAUGGCAUAAAAAAUUAAGCUAUAUAUUAGCUUAUUCACGAGACGAAGUUCAAGAUGUUACUUGGCGUUAUACGCGAAAUCAAAUUGAUGUAAUGGCAAGGAGAAAAAAAUGUUCAGAAGAAAAUUUAUUAAAUUUACUUCAAACAUUAAAUGAGGAACAUCAAAACUCUGUAAGUUACAGCAUGGCACGUAAACAAUAUGUUAUCAAACGGCGUCUCCAGGAGCUUGUAGGAAUGCUUAAUUUUCCAAACAUUUCAAACAAUGAUGACGAUAAUAAUUACCAUGGAAGAACAACAGGUUCUUAUGCAUGGAGAAUGGCACGAGGAGAAAUUGACCAGCGCAAUGUAAAAAAAAAUUAUAUAUGGGAUAUUUCCAAAGGUGGCAAAUCAUUUAUUCUUCAAUAUUUUAUUGUUAAAAAUGUAUAUAAAGUUAUACAUUCUGAUGGCUAUAUCUUGGAACAGAAAUUUGAUUGGCAAGAGGGAGUAAAUAGUGUUGAAGGUGGCAUUUUUCAUAAAAUAGAAAAUGAUUGGAAGGUGGCAUAUUUAUCUCGUUCAGUAAAUGCUGAAUACGGAUACGUAAAAUGGUCGUUUGAAGUUCGAAACCCAGAUUUAUGUAUAGAGACAUUUAAAUUACAGGCAAAAACUAAAAUUUUUCAUGGUGCAAAUAUUUCUUGGGAAGUGGAAGGCUUUUUUCCUUCUAUAAAGAAAAAAAAUGCUUCCAUAAUUAUUCCUAUUUGUACAUGCAAUGAUUUUGCUACAGAAAAAUUAAAAGGAACAACAAAAUUAAAUAUUACAGUAAAACUUUCUGGUGGGGAAGGUGAUCUUGCUUGGCAACAUGCUCAAUUAUUUAGAGAAAGUUUAAAGAAUACUGAAGAACCAUCUAUGAUCGUUACUAUUAAACUCAAUAAUCAUAAAAACUAAUGUUUGUUUAAAGUCAAUAAAAAUAUUAACAAUAUGCCUGCAUAUGAUAGGUAAAAGUUCCUAUGUAUUAUGUUGUGCAUUCGAGAAUUUGAUUUUAUUGAUAGAAAUAAUUCUACAUUCCUUUAAGCUCAUUAAUAAAUUGAUUAUACAUGAAUAAAAUUACAUAGAAAUUUAUCUCGACUUAUAAACUUAUUAAAAAAUUAAAAUUAAUUUGUUUCUCUUUUUGGUAUUUAACGCCAAAAGAAAUUAAUAUAAUUAAUACUUAUGUAUGCUUAUGACAUACAGGAAUUUAGAGAAGGAUUAAAUGAGGAAUAGAAAAACAUUUUUAAAACAAAAUAUUUAGUAUAUUUUUAAUACAUAACACGUCGCGAAUAAAAUCGUCGACUAGAUAUUUAUUCCUUAAGGAACACGAUUAUUUAAAACUAUUCCUAUUAAUAUUUUAAUAAUGGUUAAGCAGUUCUCUAAUAUCUCUACAGAGAGAUGCAAAAUCUGGUCUCUUAUGACUAUGUAAGUACCAACAUGGAUACAUAAGUUUGACGUAAAUUUGUUGCGGACAAGUUGGUGGACAAGGAAGCCUAGUACCUCUUUCAAGAGCUGCUAAUAAUUCUGCACUUCCUUCUUCUAUACCUAUCUCAGAAUCACUGAUUUCAUUUGCACUUUUAUCUCUAACAUCUGAAACGAUACCCGGUAACUUUGGAUCUUUACCUAAGCCAAAUGUUUCAUACAUUGUUACACCAAACGACCAAACAUCUGAACGUGGUGAAAAUUUUCCAUCUCUUAAACUUUCAGGUGCAUACCUAUAAUAUAAUAAAAAUAAUUGUUUCAUUUACAAGAAAUAUUAUUAAUGGAAAAAAAA